CGAUACCAUCGUGGUCAGCCCAUCUCUAACCUAAUCAGCUGUUUUGUUGUGUGAAAAUAUCUUUUAUUUUACAAUUUGCCACGGGAAAAUGCAGGACUUACGGAGAGUCGACUCCCUGCGACUGCCGAAUGGCGACGGAGCCGCUGGCAACGAUGAGGUAAAGUCCCCGUUCCUGAUCGGUGUGGCCGGCGGAACGGCCAGCGGCAAGUCGACGGUCUGCAAGAAGAUUAUGGAGCAGCUGGGUCAGGCGGAAAUGGAUCACACGCAGCGCCAGGUGGUCUCCAUCAGUCAGGAUAGCUUCUACCGUGAACUCACCCCCGCCGAGAAGGCCAAGGCCCAGAAGGGUCUCUUCAACUUUGACCAUCCGGAUGCUUUCAACGAGGAACUCAUGUUCAGCACGCUGCAGAACAUCCUGAAGGGCCACAUUGAGAUCCCCAGCUACGACUACCGCACCAAUUCGCUGGACUUUGAAAACGUGCUGGUUAUACCAGCCGAUGUGGUCUUAUUCGAGGGCAUUCUGGUCUUUUACUUUCCCAAGAUACGCGACCUUUUCCACAUGAAGCUAUUUGUGGACACAGACUCGGAUACCAGAUUGGCCAGGAGAGUGCCACGCGAUAUCAACGAACGUGGUCGGGACUUGGACGCCGUUCUCACCCAGUACAUGACCUUCGUAAAGCCCGCUUUCGAGGAAUUCUGCUCGCCUACGAAAAAGUUUGCUGACGUUAUCAUACCACGAGGCGCCGACAACACAGUGGCCAUCGAUUUGAUUGUCCAGCACAUACGGGAUUUUCUGAACAAUCGAUCUCGCCACGGAUCCACCGGGAAUAUGGCACUCUACAUGAACCUGGAUUUGAAUGCAACGGGUGCCGGUUUCGCGGGCCCAGAUGGAAGCGAGAGUCACCUGGGCACCUACAACGCCAUCCGAAGGUUCUCCACGCUCUGCAAGGAGCUCAACAUGCAGGGCAACUUCUUCUUCGAGACGAACAAGAACCUUCCGCACCACUAGAUGAUGGGGAUGGCUUAACAGUUCCCGAAGCAGUACAAGACACGGCGCACAUAAGCGAAUGUUAAUUUUGUUAUCAAUUAUUGUACCCAUAGACAUAUUUUUCCAGUAAACGAGAAUUGAAUUUUGAGUGAA